UUCAAAUCCCAGAUUUUCACUUAUUUGGGGUAUUCUAUUGGUUAAAGAUUGGAGAAGGAAAAUCUGAAUUUUCUUACCUCUAAGUGUCCAUCUUCAACUAAUCCUCAUCCUACAUAAACAAUGGCUCCCAGAAAGUGUCUCUCGUAUGUUCCUUGAUUUCCUUGGAAAUUUCAUCCACCGCCAGCAUUACUAUUACGUGGCCAAAAUCCCUGAAGCGGCAUGUCUUACUCCCACACGUCCUUAUCUUCCUCUAGACUUAUCCCAUCGUUUCUAGCUUCUAGUUUAUCCGUUGUCGGCAUUAUCUUUUCAAGAGCUGGACGCACGUCUCCAUGUUGCCUGUCGGCCUUAUCUCCAUCCCUCAUCACCUCUGCGAGCACAAGUUUUAGCGCCUGCCCUCAGUCCAGCUCGCCAGCAGCUCUCUGCCCUCCUCCCUCAAGCCCUAGCCGAGUUUUUCCAUGGUGCCCUGGAUGCCAGCCCCUUUACUCGAUGCCCCUGCUAGGUUCCAUAGCCGUCGCUGCCCCAGCCAUCUCCUUGGUGACCGACCUCGCCCCUGCCCCAGCCACAGCUUCCCCUUCGGCCCUGCUGCUGCAAGCACUCAGCCUCUCCUAUGGCACAUGGUGCUCAUCCAGCCCCUUUCUACUGGUGUUUGCACCAUCUCUCUGGUGCUCGACGAAAUGACCAUGAGGAGUUUUGUGUUGUGUGUAGCCCCACCUGCGACACCGUCGACCCCCGGUGAGGUUCUGUUCUUGCCCUGUCGCUUUAGUGCUCGACGUCGAUUACUAAUGUGUGAAUUGUGUGUGUUGAUGAGGGAGUUAACCGGUAAAGAAGUGAGGUCCGUGCGACGUUUGCCAAGUGUUCGAUGGAAGGUCCGAACCGGGAACCUCGCCUUUCUCGCGGAUCUUCGGGUCGGUUUGUGAAUUGCGCAAGCAUAUGGUGUGUCGACUUUCAGAUUCAUUGUUGUCCACAUGUGUGAUAGUUGGUGAAUGAACAUGUCAAAGGAGAGUAAAUUCUUUAGGUACGCUAGAUGAUUAUGCGAGCUGAAGGACAUGGAUCAGAGCGAACCAUAAGAUGGUAUUGGUGGAUUAAUCUUGUGGAUGCAUCAAGCCAACACCAGAAUGGAAGAUGCUCACCAAGUGGUCGUCAAUUAACAACACUAACGUAGUGUUUAUCCCAGGUACAGAUCUUGAAACGUUUGCAGCGACAAGCGUUUUACGACAUUAUGCAGCUGAGGGAGAGGCAAGAGAAAGUUGAAAGAGUGAUCUCGUUGUUCAAAGCUACCAAAGUUGGUCCGUUCGCAGAAGAAAGCACUCGGGUCAAGGGCGUUGUCAAUGUCGCUGGCUCGCUCCCAAGAGACAUCUCAGAAGCAGAAUCUUGUAUCAGUUCACGGUUUGUGUUUGAGGCUCCUGUCAGGAAGAAGGAUUCCCUGUUUGCCGAGCUCAGCACCGAACAUAGAUACGUGUCUCAGGAAAACGAUCACAUCGAGACCCCUUUUGUGUUGUCAAAGUUGAUGUACCUGUCGAACAUCAGUGACUCGUUUUCGGUUGCUGUUGUACCGAAAGGAGCUAGGUGUAAAGAUUUUUCAACGGACCAAAAUAUCCGAGAGGAACAUUGGCUGGCCAGUUUGCGAUCUUCGCUGAGGCCACCUUUGCUGAGUAAAAGCCACAGAUAUGCUGGCGGCCUAAUACUGAGAUCGAAGAACUUCGCUGUUUCUAUAGCGCAGCUGAUCUCAGUUGCCGCGAGGCCAGUAAACGGCGGUGAAGCCAGCAGAGUCUGUACAGAGUUUGGGCAAAUCUCGUACCAGUUCCCUGAUGACAUAAAGUUGACCCUGUCUGCUGCUUUGCAUGGACCCAGUGUAGUUCCUCGGAAGAGGAAACCAACUGCUGGAGGUUGCGUUGGUCUUGAGCUGGAAAUUGAUGAGGACUCCAGAAUCGGGGCCUGGAUCGAGUUGAACAAGAAGUCAAGCUCACGUUUGCUGAGAUGGGCCCUCACACUGUCAGAUACGCCGGAAGGUGACCUUGGAUGGGGCGUGAGCUUGCGUAGAGGCACUGAGGAAAAACCGCAACUGUUUCAGGUGGAGGGAUUUCUGAACUUGCAUCUGGGGAAGGCUGCUGCCGUGCAGCCUGGCAUCGUGUUCAACGUGGAUGGCCGGAGGUGCAGACCUGGUCUCGUAUUCCACUCGAGUUGGUCCUUGUGAUUCUGGUGUAGGAACUUUUGGUAGAUCACAGAAUGCUGAUGAGAUUGUAUCAGCUGAAAGAGGCAAAUGAUUCAUUUGAAAGUGCAUGAUGCUUUGGUGCUGAUUAUUUCCAGUUGUUAUAAUUAUUUUUCAGGCGUUGACUUAUAAUGUUGAUUUGAUAUCCCUAUAGCAGAUGUGAUGAACCAUGAAUCUUCUAUUUUUAUUUUUAUGGCACAUAUGUAAAUGAGUGUUAAAUUGCA